UACAUGUAUUGCAUAAGGAGUUCUGUUUUGACUUUUAACCCACGAGACAAAUGUGACUGUGCAUUUUGAUACUAUGUAUGUAAUCUGGCCAUAAAUUCCAUGGCAGUCGGAAAAGGAACAUAUGUGAAGAUGACUUAAACAGUGAUUGGCAGUUUGAUCAAUGACAGGGGAGGAGAGCAACCUUCCCUCUCUCCACCCGGAGAGGGGCCAUCCAGGGGCGAUCACUCCAGCCCAGCAAAUGAUUUCGUCCUGUACAGGCGCCAUCCUUACAUCUUUACUUGUUACUCCCCUUGAUGUGGUGAAGAUCCGUCUACAGGCUCAGAAGAAGCCAUUCAAAGAGGGUCAGCGAAUUCUGUACAGAAAUGGGCUGAUGGACCAUGUGCUUGUCUGCUGGAGUGGCAAUACAAGAACAUGUCCAUGGUACAGGAAAACUGCACACUUUCAACUGAGAGGAACACUGGAUGCUUUAAUCAAGAUAGCUCGUUAUGAAGGUAUCACCUCGUUAUGGAGUGGCCUGCCACCAACAUUGAUAAUGGCUGUCCCAGCCACAGUGAUUUACUUCACAAGCUAUGAACGUCUAAAGGUUCUAUUUGUUCACAAGAAUGGGAGAACAGAGGACUGGUGGAAGCCCAUGGCUGCAGGGGCAUUGGCGCGGGUAUGGGCUGUGACCUUGAUAAGCCCUCUUGAGUUGGUGCGCACUAAGCUACAGUCUGAGCAGAUGAGUUAUAAGGAGAUAGGGAAGGCAUUGCAAAGCUCGGUCCAGCACGGAGGCAUCAUGUCGUUAUGGAGGGGGUUGGGUCCUACCAUCCUCAGAGACGUGCCAUUCUCAGCCCUUUACUGGUUCAGCUAUGAGCAUAUGAAAUCUCUGGAGAUUAAAAGAACUGGGUCUUCACAGCUUGGCUUUUCGCAAAGUUUUAUUGCAGGUGCUUUCUCAGGAACGGUAGCUGCUAUAGUAACACUGCCGUUCGAUGUAAUAAAAACCCAUCGACAGAUUGAGCUGGGUCAAGCUGAGGUAAUGUCAGGUAAAACUCAAGCAAGGCCCACAUGGAAGUUAAUACACAAACUGUAUUUACGAGAAGGCUUCUCCGGACUGUUCACUGGUUUGGUGCCCCGUGUGGUCAAGAUAGCCCCAGCCUGUGCCAUCAUGAUCAGCUCUUAUGAGUACUUCAAACAGUUUUUUCGAACAUUAAACGAGGAGGCAGUACAAAGAUAAUCCUUGUUGAGGCUGUUGCUUGUGUAACUAUUGGAUAUGCAAGCUGUUGUCAAAGAGUUUGGAAUUGGAAAGAAACUAACACAGCAUUGGACAAGAUUUGAAUAUUCAUAGAUGUUGGUGCUACUGAGAAACCAGAUGAAUGGGUGAAUUACAGAGAGACUGUUCUGCAGGUGGACAAAUUGUUUGACUUAGGCUAAAGUGCCAAGAUAGAUUUUAAUGGAGUCAUCUACCAAUGAACAAGGAUUAGGAUUAAGACUGUGUAGCAGCCACCAGCAGACUUUAUGACUUAGGCUGAAGUGCCAAGAUAGAUUUUAACAGAGUUGUAUGUCAAUGAAAAAUAAUUAUGUAGAAGAAAGGUUAAAUUGUUGUCCUCAUGCAUUUUGUUAAAUGUUAAGCAUGAUGCUUAAAUCUUGAGUGGAAUUUCAUCCACAGAAUGUGUCAAAUUAAACCAGAUUUUAAGAGAAUGAAAUAGCAGUUAUGGUAGAGAGAAUUUAUUCAAGAGAAUGUCAAGACAUAUUUUGUAUAAAUAUCCCUAAAAGGACAUUUUAACAGCCAUUCUUGGCAUACAUCAUUGCUGAAAUGUUAUUGGAUGUCUCCUUGCUGUUUAUCUUGAAAAAAGGAUGAACAAAACAAGUGUACUGAACUCAGAAUUAAUGUUUUUAAUAAUCAGUUAGUUGUCUUGAAUUGAUUACCCAGAAUUUCAGACAAUACCAGAUUUGCUGUUCAAAAAGCACUAAGAAUUUUAAUGUGCAGAUUUGGUUUAUCUCAUUGAAAAUUUUUCUGUUAUAUGCAAUGACUGUCAUAUCACUAUGUGAAGAAUA